GUGUGACAUCGUUCAUGAGCGUGACAGUUGACAUUUUGCGGGAGCAUCUAGAAAUGUAUAAAAGAUUAUGUCUAGAAUGAGUUUGCAUCAGUUGCUCACCAGCCGCAGAACACACACCAAAUAUUUCAAAAUGAAAUUGAUCAUCGUUGUCGCCCUCGCCCUCGUGGCCGUCGCCGUGGCCGCCCCCGCUGAGGUAGAGAUCGUCAAGAUCGUCCGCUCCAACUUCGACCAGGAACCCGAGGGUGGAUACCAGUUCGCUUUCGAGAGCGAGAACGGCAUCAACCGUCAGGAAGCCGGACAGGUUAAGGAAGUUCUGGAUGAGGAGAACAAGCCCCAUAAAGUAGUGGUUGUGCGCGGCUCCUACGGCUACACCAACGUAGACGGCAAGCCCGAGACCGUCAGCUACUACGCCGACGAGUCUGGCUACCACGCCGAGGGAGACUCCAUCCCCAAGGUCCCCGCCAGGAGAUAAGCUAACAACGACCACUCGCCACGCACCAUUGAUAGAUCCAUGACAUUGACAAUUAAGGUAGUUCAAUUAGCUGUUAUAAACAAAGACUUGUUUUUGUUACACCAUCUUUAAUGGUUUAAGUGUAGACAUAUAAGAGUAUAUGAUUAGUGUUGAUCACUGACAUGUACGUUUUUGUGCCAUCUGAUUUGUUUGAACCAUAUCAACAAUGUAAAUAAAUGUUAUUGAACUAA